CUGCCGUCGAUUGGCGCGCGCGCGCGCGCGUUAACGGAAUUCGCGAUCGUGCACGCAGGGACCACCGACUAAUGUUUAAAUGGACGCAUCGUCCAUUAUCACCCAAGUGUCGCGGGAUGACGAGCUCGGCGCAUUCAACAGCGAGAAAGCUCAAUUACCUCGGGAAAAUGAAGCAGCCAGCAAUAGUCCAUCGAGCGGCAAGAAGCCGAGGGGGCGCGGACUUCUGCGCUCUCUGCUCUGCUGUUUCGGAAGAGGUCGUGGUGGCAGUUCAAAAAGCUCCAAAUCGAGUUCUCUACAGGGAGACGGUCGUGGUUCGCCGCCACCAGGCACUGGAUCUCCGAGAUUUCUUCUGCCACCGGUUAAGCACCAAGACAUGCACAAGAAGUGCAUGGUAAUUGAUUUGGAUGAGACUCUGGUGCAUAGUUCUUUCAAACCAAUCAACAAUGCGGACUUUGUUGUUCCUGUAGAGAUUGAUGGAACAGUACAUCAAGUGUACGUUUUAAAGAGGCCUUAUGUGGACGAGUUUUUGCAGAGAAUGGGUGAAUUAUACGAAUGUGUAUUGUUCACUGCAAGCUUAGCUAAGUAUGCAGACCCAGUGGCAGAUCUAUUAGAUCGAUGGGGUGUAUUCAGAGCAAGAUUAUUCAGAGAAUCCUGUGUGUUUCAUAGAGGAAAUUAUGUUAAGGAUUUGAACAAAUUAGGUCGUGAUUUACAGCAAAUCAUUAUUGUAGAUAAUAGUCCUGCCAGUUACAUUUUUCAUCCAGAUAACGCGGUUCCAGUAGCAUCUUGGUUUGAUGAUAUGACGGAUUCCGAGUUACUGGAUUUAAUUCCCUUUUUCGAGAAGCUCAGCAAUGUGGACAAUAUCUACACAGUGUUGUGCAACAGCAAUCAUCCUUACAAUCAGGUGCCCGCGCAGACGGUGCAAAAUAAUCAGAAUCCGCCGGGAUUAGGCUCGCUGGCUGCUUCCUAGCCCCAUCUAAAUCCUGGCAACACAGCCAGUCUUGUCGCUCAAUGCACCUUCCAGAGAAUCCUGAGGGGACUGCUCCAUGUGAGUCACUUGCUGUGCAGCGAAGAACCUCGAAGUGCUCCCCCUUGUUGACCUUUGGAAGAACCGCUCCAUUAAGCGGAACUGAAUGUCCUAUACCUUCAAAACGCGUCAUUCAAGUCAACACACAGUGACAUGUAGCUGCUGAUAUCCUUCUUCCUGGCGAGAAAUGCAAUGAAGACUGAGUCAGCUUUGAAGCGUGAGUGUUCUUCCAUUUUGCAUCAGGCAUCAAAGACGACAAACUGUAUCAGGCCUGUCUGCAUGGACAAUACGCGUGCUCGAGAAAAGGAAUCUAGCAAAGGAUAAAAUCUCCAUCAAUAGUAGAAACUGCUUGCAGGAAAGUCACAAGAAAGGAAAGAGACGGUUAGAAUUAACAAUGGUGAUUGUAUACUGUGAAAGGAUAUAUGAAGAUACAAGAGAGAAGAAAGAAGAGAGCUUGCUUCGAGUUAUUUGAUGGGCUAUAUUGUGCUAUUGCCAUUUAGUUUUUCUGUUUAGAUCAAAACACUACAAGCUUUCUAUUCAAUUAGAUCCAAUUACAAAGAAGACAUCAAUGCUCCGACUAUGUUUUUGCAUGCUUUUGACUCAAUGCUUACAGAAUGUUGAAAAAGGGUAACAGUAGCAGGUAGAAUUGGAACUUAUAUAUUUAACUUGAUGUAAAAUGUAAAAAUUUUAUUUUGAUUAUCAUUUUAAUUGUUUUUCAAACCAGUAUUUUCUUUCUUUUUUUUUUUUUUUAUAAAAACUCAAAAUAUUUUAGAAUUUAAUAUCAAAACAUUUUGAAUUCUUAAAGUGUAGGAAUAUAAACAUUAAGAUAAAUGUCUUAAGAAUCAUAGAUAACUAUGAGCGUUCAAGAGCAUUUGAGAAAAUAGAAUUUUAAAUAUAAUUUAGGAUACCAACAUUUUAAAUAUUAAAACAUUAUACUAGAAAUUCUUAAAAAAUAAUUAAUAUGUUUUUUACCUAUUUGAGAAGCUUUGAAAGCUUGAGAGCUAAAUAUGUAAUCGGAUUUUUAAAAAAAUCUAAAAUUUUUUUGAAAGAUAUUUGUUAUUUUCCAAGAACAUUAUAAUCUAAGAUUUGAAAAAGCUCAAGUUUAUAUAUAUUAUAUAUAUAAAAUACAAUGUGAUCAACUAUAACUACUCGCUUUACACUGCCGAGGAAUAGGAACAAUUUCAUAUUCAGUCGUGCAAACUUUUGUUUCUGAUUUCUAGAGAAUGUCAUAAAUUACUUGAAUCAGAUGACAAAAGAUAUUUUCAAAACCUAUUGCAUAGAAAUUGGUAUCUCUACAAAAUAAAUUGUAAGAUUUAUUAAACUUUUUAAUUGCUAUUAUUAAUAAUACUACUAUAUAUUUUUUUAAAGCAUCUAUGAGUCAUAUCAAGGCUUGUGCCAUUCGAAAAAAUUGAGAUUGCAAAUUAAGCAUUUUCUAAAUAUCGCAUUUUGAUAUUGCGUUAGGUACAUUUCCUGCUGCUGGUAUACCUUUUAUAAGACGCUCUGUAUGUGGCAUUUAGAACAGUGACAUUGAAAUUUUACACGGGUAUGUAUUACCAUUUUUCUUAUAAAUUUUCUCUAUAUAAUAUUUGUUUGAACAUAAACAUUUUUAUCUUUAUUUUUAUUUUAUUUAUCCAAUCAUGUUAAUAAAUAAAUACAAUUGCGUGUGUACUCUUCUUUCUGAAAUAUUUAUUUGAGUAAAACAUUUUAAUUAGAGAGAGAGAGAGAGAGAGAGAGAGAUUUAUAUAUAUCCAAAUAUAUUAAUUUCAGUUUUUAUCCAGCAGCAAAAUUCUUUUCUAAUGUUUGCCAAAAAAUUUGAGCAAAUUUAAAAUGAUGAUACAGGAAUUGAAGAUUGUUGAUUAAAUUCAUUGAAAAAUAUUUACUGAUUUAUAGACAAAUUUUAUACACUUUACAGAGAUUGCAUAAAUUGAUAAAAUUAUUUUUGUUUUACUGAAAAAGAAAAAUAAAUCAAUUUUUUAAUAAUUAAUUAAGAAUAAUCAUGGAUCACAUCAUUGCAUAUUAUUGCCAAUAUUGAUAAAUUGAACUGGGCCAAUGCAUAUCAUUCUUUCCCUCCAAGCUACGAAGUCUUAUAUGAUCAUUCGUUUUCUUGGUGCAAGAAAAUGUGACAACUAGUUUAAUAAUUUGCACUUGUUAUUUUCUUUAACAUAUAUAUUUUAUAUAUAUUGUCUAUAUAUAUAUAUAUAUAUAUAUAUAUAUAUAUAUUUCUUUGAUUUGAAUAUUAAUCUUUUUAUUUACAAUUUUCUUAUUAUGAACAAAACUGAUUGCUAAUAAUUGUCAGAGCUGUUGGAUACACAUGAUUGUAUUGCUAUUGAGAAAGAAAUGAGACAAAGGAAAGAAUUUAUGCUGUAAAAUUGAAUUCUUAAUUUUUGCGAUCAAGGAUUAAAUUUAAUUUUAAUUUUAUCGUCUUCUUUUAGAUUCUAUAGUUUGUUUUUUAAAUCGCUUAUUUCUUAAAAAAUGAAACGCGUGUAUUAUAUGCAUGAAAAAAUAUAUAUUUUAAAAUUAUAUUUUGCGAAAAUUUAACCAUUAACACAUUUUCUUGCUCCAUUCCGAAACGAAUCGCAUGAUGAUGUCAUUAACAAAUUAGAAUAAUUUAGAUGUAGCCCUUGAAGGGCAAUAGAUAAGCGGCGGUAAUAUCCCUACGUAUGUGCAUAUAUUUACUAACGUGUAAUUUGUAAAUGAUCACAGUUGCUUGAAACCGAGCAUAACAAAUGUACAAAUUGCAUUGUACUAUCAUAAUCAUUCAGAUUGUUAUUAUUCUUUUGCUUUUACUUUUGUUAAUAUUAUUUUUAUUAUUUUAUCAUUAUAUUAUUAUAAAUAUCCACAUUAAUGUCGUUACUCUAACGUAAAAAAAAGCGAAAUUUUUUUAUUCUGCACGCUAUUUGCUGUAAAGUUAUAUUCAAGCCGACUUAAACAGGAAAUAUUUUUCUUGAAAUUAAUUUUAGAUAAAAACUAAUUUUUUUGUACUUUUGCAUUAAAGUAACGACAUUAUUAUUGAUAUAUUCAGUGAGUUAGUAUUAUCAAUAUUAGCUUGUGUGUGUAUAUGCGUAUUAAACUCGGCGUCUGCUGUUUUAUCUUUUCUUCCUGGCCUGAAUGUAGGGUAGAUCAAAAAUCAUGGUGCACCUAAUAAGGUGAUUUUUUGUUGACAUAAGCAAUUUAAAUAUGCAAAGACCAAAUUUUUUAAUUUAAAAAUGUAAGUACCUAAAAAUCUUUAUUUCUGGAACUGGGAAUUUCUGAAUUUAAAAAAAAUGUAAUGAUUUAUCAAAGAAUAAAUAAACUAUAAAUUUAAAAAUGUGAGAUUCUGGACAUAAAAAAAUGUUACAUAUUCAGAAACGGUAUUAAUAUAACCGAUAAUAAUCAUGCAGCAUUUCAUGUGUAGCAUUUUCAAUAUCUAAAAAUAAGACUCAAGGAUGUAAUAUGCACUUACGAGAAAAAUUGAAAAGGGUGAUUUACUUAUGAUAAAAUGAAAAAGUUGAUAUAUGUACGCAUAUUAGAAAUUGCUAUCAACAAAAAAAAUAUUUCGAAAAAACAAAGUUACUUGUACAGAAAAAAUUUGUUUUUUCGAAUUAUUUUAUCAGAAAAUGGUUUCCCCUUCCACAGAUAUUGUAGAUUUUUGAACUACCUUGUGUACUUUAUAUUUUAUCGAAAUAAUGAUAACUUCUCUGAGAGAGAUGUCUAAUCGUUCGAAUUAUCAUUUCUACUUAAAAUAGAAAGAGAUUUAAUGCGAAAAGAUUUUUGAUAUGGCUUCCAAUUCUUCCAUCCUUCUGUACUUAGUAAGUGUAACGAUGUUUCUUGUAAACGUUAUUGUGCGCGAACGCAUGUAUUAUAAAAUUUUCUUUGUAUAAUGCCCAUCGAAUUAACUCCAUAUGUACGAUUGUACAAAUCUCUGCACGAUUCAAGAAUCCGAGAAUCCAUAGAUCUAAGUCGAAAACUGAAACGAGUUAAAAGAGUUAUAAAAUUCAUGGAUCUACUCGAAAAGGAGCCAAUAAUAUUAGAAUUGCAAUUGAGUAUUCUAAAAUCCGAGACUUUAAAGAUGUAAGAAUCGAUGAAUGUAUACAAGUGUGCAAUUAUUCGAUACAAUGUGUGAUAAAAAUUUAUUAGUAUAGUAAUCUAUGAUGUAAUUAAGAAUCGUGGAAAAAACGAUUAAAGAUUUUAAGGAUAUAGUCUUUAGAGUUUUAAUGUUAAAUGGAAUAUCCAAUCAGAAGAAUUGAGAGAGCCUACCAAAGAUUCAAGAAAAAAUUUGAAAAGUUAAUUAUAAGAAAUUAAAAAUAUCCAGAGAUGUGAGAAAUGAAAAAUUUAGGAAUUUAAAAAUUUUGAAUAGAUUAGGAAUUCAAAGAGCCAAUGACCCAAAGGUUUGAAGCUAUAAAAAUGCACGCACACACAGAUCAAAAUACUUACAAAGAAAAAUCUAAGGAUUCAAGGAUGUAUCUUUUAGCUAUAUUAUAUAUAUAUUAUUAUUAUUACGUUAUUGCGUAUGAAAAGUCUGUUUUUAAUUUAGACUGAUAUAAUUUCAAAAAAUUUUUAACAGAAUUAGAGAUACAGAUUAUUUUUUAUAAAAAAAUAUUUUAAUAUACUCAUACCCACAGCUACACAAAAGAUAUGUACGGCAUUUAAAAAACUAAAAAUUAAAGCGGUUACUUUAUUUAUUCAUUAGCAAGAAAUAAAAUAUAUAUAUUAGCAUUAUACACUUUUCUAUAUUUAUAAAUUUUAUAAUUUAGCAACAUUAUAUUAAUAAAUGUAAUAUAAAAUGUUCUUAAUAAUAUUAAUAAAUUCAAUACAUGCGUGCGUCGGAAUAAUUUUGUAACUUGCCAUUAAAUCUUAAAAAUUUAAAAUAAUUCGUGCGCUUAAUAAAUAAAUUUACAGAUUAUUAAUUUGCAGAACAGCUUUUUACCAUAUACUUUCAAAUUCAAUGUAAACAUCAAAAAAUAUAUAAUAAAAUACAAGAAUAUUACAAGUAAAUAUAUAUUAAAUAUAUUAGAAGAAAGAAAUUAGAUGUCCAAAACUAAUAUAAAAGUUGGAAAUUUGUGGAUUUAAAUUAUCCUGGAAAUCAAAAAAUAAAUUAGAUUUUAAUAUUCUGGAAUUUAAAAAAAUGUUAGUUGUAGAAUAAAGAAUUAAAAAUUUGAUAAGUUCUAUAAGCUUAUUAAACGCGGGAAAUUAGAAAAUUUGAUAUUUCAUACGCAAACACGUAAUAUAUGAAUAGCUACUUGAAGCAAGGAAAAAUGCGAGUGAGAAAGUAUUACCGAUAAUGUUCUCAAUCUUAAAAUUGUAAUCACAAGGAUUUCGAGUCGCUGCUUUGCUGUGCAUAUUGAAGCGACAAAUAUGUAAAAAAUAUACAAUACGUAUAUAUAUAUACAUUUAAAAAACGGCAGAAGCAGAGAAUGCGCGUAUGUAUAUGUGUAAAUAUACAUUCGUAUGUUCUGUAUGCGUGUGUGUGUAUGCAAUGUAAAAAGAAUAGCGUUCGAGGCUUUCGCCGAGUGAAACGGCCGCCAAUUCGUGUCGAGACUUUUUUAUAUAUACGAAUCCAGAAAAUUUCUUAACAAAAAUAAAAGAAUAAAAAAAUGCGAUAAAAGCGACUGUUAUGCGCGGCUUUUGCGCAUCGUAAAAUAUUAGAAACAGUUGCUUUAUAUUAACAAUUGUAUUAUUAUUAUUAUUGGGCGAACUUUGUCUUAUAAAGAAUUUUUUUUUCAUGAUUUAGAUUUUCACCCGUUGAAGGCCCGCUUCAUCGCAACAAUAAAGUAGCAUGGUCCUAUUUACAUCGACAGCGUUUAGCACGAAAUGCGGCUAUCCGAUUAUGGUUCCAAAAUAGAAUUUUACAAUUAUAUGUACAGUAAAGAUUUUAUAUAUAUAUAUAUAUAUAUAUAUAUUUUCUCAUUUUAUUUCAUAAUUUUUUUCAUGACUAUGUGCUUUUAUAAGAACGUAGGUCAUCUCGGGAAUUUCUGUAGAUUUCUCCCUUGCUUUUGACGUCAUCGAACUAUGUAUAUAUAUAGCCAAAUCGAUUCUCAUACCGCGUUAAAAAGUUCAAGAUCAAUUGACUACAUUUAGCGCUAAACGCAGCGUCAACCUUAGAAUACUAAUCAUACUUUUAAGACAUUUAACAUUAAUCAUACGUUAAAUUUACGUAUGUUGAGAUUUUUCCCGAAGAAAAAAAUGUCGAAAAAGAAAGAGAGAGAGACGAGAAAAAUAAACUUUUAUUAAAAAUAAA